CAAAAUCUCUUGAAACCGACAAUUCCACCCAUCAAGGAACAAGGUCGGAUGAAGCCACGGCAGCCGCAGCACCAAUCCUCCAUGGAGAGCGGCAACUCGGCCACCCCACACGCCACGGAGUACGCCACGAUGCAGGAGACGUCAACUCCCGUGUUGGCGUCGCCUCCUCCGCGCGAUACCACCCGCCAGGGCAAGAGCGCGCGACUCGGAUGCCUCCAGUUUAUCGACUCGAGGCAAUGGCACUACUUCUUCAUGCUUCUUCUGUUUAUGGACUUCUUCGGCAACUGUGUCGCUGUGAGCUUCACUUCGACAGAGAACUUCUACAAGUACGGUCCCAAGACCCGCAUCGCAUCCCUCGGAUUCUGUGGAGUCUACGUCGUCGACAUGUUCCUCCGCCUCAUCUCCCUCCGCACCGGUCUCUUCCGCAAUGCCGCGAGUGUCGGUGACUUGAUGGCGUUGGUGAUUCUCCUCGUCGCGCUCGGUGGACGCAUUUGGAAGGCGGACGACGUGAACAAAGUCAAGAUCACGAUGGGUGGAUGGACCAAUAGUUACAAAAUCGCCCACGAGUACAACUCGAACCAAAUCGAGAUGUAUAUCGAUGCCGUGUACUGCUUCUUCGUCGCCGUGCGUAUCGUCCUCAAGCCCCGCGCGCGCACGUUCUCAAAGAAGCUGCACAAGCACGCGAACCACGACCACUUACGUAUCUCGAUGGCGAGUCUUCGGUCGUCCAUUCGCCGCAUCCCUGGCAUCACGGCGGCUGCAGUCGAAGUCAUGGAAACCGACUUGGCCAUCAUCUGUGGCCGCAACGAAGGCGACAUGAGUCGCGGCGAACUCAUGCAAUUCUUGCAAAAGGCGCUGCUGUACCGUCCAAAGGAGCUGAGCGCGAAUGCGUUCCUGGCUCACUUGCGCGACAUCGACGCCAUGGCGGCGCAUGCUGUCUACGGCGCAUACGACGUAGUCAAGUCCACGUUUCGGCACUGGUCCAACCAGCGGGUGGACCUGGCGCUGACGACGCUCGUCGUGAUUGUUUUUGCGUGCAUUACCCCCGUCUUGGCAUUUUUCCUCAAGAUCGUGACUGACGAAGCUUUUCCAAAAUACGUGUACUCGACCGAAAACUUUGAUUUUGUCAAUGGCCAGACAAAACUCAUGGGGAUUUUCGUGCGACCGUCGUACAAGAACGAAACACCGAACGAGAACAACACGAUCGUGGAGCUUCCAUUCACGGCGCAGAACUCGUUGAUCCUAGGAAUUGUCGGGUUGGUGGGCAUUUCGAUUCCAUUUAUCCUCUGCGACUACGCGAUGGGGUAUUUUCAAUCGAAAAUGAUUGCAAAUGCAACGCAGCGCCUUCAAAACAGCUUGCUUCGUAUUUUGCUCAACAAGCCGACCAAAUUUUUUCAAGAACGCACGGACGGUGACCUGAACAAUUUAUUUCAGUCGGACAUUUCUCGCGUCAACGCCAUGUGGCAAGCUGUGUUUUGGAAUUUGAUGCAGCCGAUCGUGGCUAUUGUGAUCGGGUUUGGUUACCUCUUGUACUUUGACCCGAUCAUCGGGAUCAUGUCGUUUUCGUUUUCUGCUAUCAUUGCGACGUCGGGACCGCAAGGACUCGCUGGGGACAAGUCUCAAGAUUUUGGGAAGAAGAGCGCGUACGUGUCGGCCGAGUUCCAAAAUGCCAUUGCGUGCCAAAAGGUCGUCCGUGCAUACGAAAUUCAAGCUCCGCUCUUGGCUCGCUUUGCCACGUCGAUUCGCACGCUCAAAUUUGCCCAAUUUGCCAAAGACUUUUGGAGUGGCAUCGUCCAAAUUUACAUUGAAAGCGCCAUGUUUAUCUUUGUGUCGGUAAUGACGGCAUGCCUCGCCAUAAAGGUGUACUUUGGCAAUAUCACGGCGGGCGAUUUCUUUGCCAGUGUGACUAUGUUGAGCCGCGUCUCCACUCCCGUGACAGUCCUCGGCGGGUUUAUGCGAGUCGCAAUUUCAAAUGCGAGCAGUUUGCAGCGCUUGGACGCGAUUGUGAUGGAGCGUGACGACGAGUACCAGAAGGAAAUGAAAAAAGAUUGUGCCAAGCCCACGUUACCGCGCAUGUCCAAAUCGUUGGCUCUUUCCCACGUCAAUUUUUCGUACGUUCCAGGCGAAAAAAUGAACCUGAGCGACAUCACGACCGUGAUCAAGCAGGGCGAAUACGUGUGUGUGGUCGGGCCGAGUGGAUGCGGCAAAAGCACUUUGCUGUCUUGUUUGAUGCAAUUCCAAUCGAUUUCGUCGGGAUCGAUUGCCGUCGACGGCCUCGACACGCAGCUGUACUCGAAGGCGAGCUUUGCCGAUCAAACCGCGGUCGUGUUCCAAGACGGCGGCAUCUUGAACGGCACGAUCAUGGAAAAUAUCCUGUAUGGCCAUCCUCGCGCCACCGAGCAGGAUUGCAUGGAUGCAGCAAAGGCCGCCGAGUGCGACGCGUUCAUCCAUCAGCUCAAGGACGGGUAUCAAACCAUCAUUGGCCAGCAUGGCACGACCAACUUGAGUGGCGGGCAAGUCCAGCGCAUCUGUCUGGCUCGUGCACUGGUCCGCAAGCCAAGUUUGCUGCUGUUGGACGAAGCAACGAGUGCGCUCGAUCCUGAAACAGAAGCCAACGUCGUCGCGACACUCGAACGCCUCGCGCGAAAGAUGCACGUCACUAUUAUCUCGGUGACGCAUCGGUUGUCGACCACUCGCAAUGCCGACUUGAUUUUGGUCUUGAACGACGGCAAAAUUGUAGAAACCGGCACGUACAAAGACCUCAUGCAAAGCCCGGGGUCGUUCUUCGCCGAGAUGGUGCACAAAACGGACGACUCAGCAGCGGGUGGACGCCCGGGUAGUCGGAACUCGUCGUUUGUGGGAUUUGUCGUAGAAGAUCUCGGCAACGUGCUCGACACCCAUCGCGCGCUGAACGAAUUCCAGCACAAGCUGAGCAACCGUUCGGGCGAGAAUGGCGCGAUCAUGAGUGCAUGGCAAGUGCGCAAGCUGAGCUCGGGACGUCAAAUGUCCCGUGGGGCGUCCCAGAACGGAAGCGUUCUGGCCAACUUGCCGUCUCGCAGCAGCCAAGACGACCAAGAUCGCGACAGCUACCUCGUUUUAUAAGCACGACUUUUCGGAAUGUAUACUUGCAUGAAUUUUCUCUGA